AGAAAAGGUUUUUUGGGUUAUCUCAUAAACAGCAAAAAACAAUAAACUCCUCCCUUUUUUCUCUUGAUUUUUUUUUCAGCUUUAUUUUUCUCUUUUUCUGUUGGCUGUCUAUAGCAGUUGAAACGAUCACUAUGCCUGCAGCACUCUCACCUUCACCAUUGAAAAGAACCGAGUCCACGAGCAAAGCACAAUAUGUGAUUGGUGUAUGCGCCAUGGAUAAAAAAGCGAGAUCAAAACCUAUGCGUUAUAUUUUAGAUAGAAUGCUUACUUACGGAGAUUUCGAAAUUGUUAUUUUUGGAGAUAAGACGAUUAUUGAUGAAGAGGUUGAAAAUUGGCCGGGUUGCGACUUUUUACUAUGCUUCUUCUCGGCUGGUUUUCCAUUAGACAAAGCGAUUCAAUAUGUUAAACUCCGUAAACCCUUCAUUGUCAAUGAUGUGUGUAUGCAAUCGUUGCUAUGGGAUCGUCGUGUUGUGAUGGCUAUAUUGGAUGCUGCAGGUGUACCCACUCCACCGCGUUUGGUCAUUUCUCGUGAUGGAGGCGCCAAAGUAGAUCCAGAGGCUGCGGAAGCCUUUCAUAGAACGACCGGCAUGGAUAUCAAACGCGUGUUGGGGAAAUAUUCCAAGAAUACCAAGCAUUGCAAGGUCUCUGAAGAGGGUGUGGAAGUCGAUGGAGCUUUUUUGCCCAAGACGUUUCUAGAAAAGCCUGUCGACAGCGAGGAUCACAAUAUCAACAUUUACUAUGAUAGAGAAAGAGGAGGUGGGGGCAGACGCUUGUUUAGAAAGAUUGGCAAUAAAUCAAGUGAAUUUGAUCCGCAUCUGAAUAUACCUCAUUCCGAUGGAUCGUGGGUGUAUGAAUCAUUGAUGAUGACAGAAAAUAGUGAGGAUGUGAAAGUUUACACGGUAGGAGCGAGCUACGUUCAUGCAGAAACAAGAAAAUCACCGACCGUGGAUGGUUUAGUGAAGCGUAACACAGAAGGCAAAGAAAUUCGGUAUGUUGCCGAACUCACACACGAAGAGAAAAUGAUUGCUGGUAAAGUGUCCAAGGCGUUUGGACAAAUGAUCUGCGGAUUUGACUUGCUACGUGUGAAAGGCAAAUCCUACGUGAUUGACGUCAAUGGUUGGAGUUUUGUAAAGGGCAACGAGUAUUAUUACGAUCAAUGCGCCAAACUGUUGUCUCAGGCGUUUUUGCGAUCCGUUCAACGACGUCCCUCCAUUUCCAUCCACGAUAUUCCUCGCGAAAUUUUACCGGAAAACGCUUGGCGACUGAAAGGCUUUGCUGCCGUCUUUCGGCACGCUGAUCGAACACCGAAAAGCAAGCACAAAAUUUCGUUAGUGGCAUCCCCCUUUGUGGAUUUGCUAGAAGGAAGUACGCAGGAGGUCGUUUUCCGUCAGAAACAUCAAUUACAGUUGGUCAUCGAUGCGAUCGACAAGUGUUUGGAUAGGAAGCUGGAGAAUGAACAAAAACUCUUGUCAUUGAAGGAGAUUUUGGACAGAAAGAAAGAAUUGCCUGGCACAAAGGUUCAAGUAAAACCUAUUUUUGAUAAAGAUUCCAAUACAUUAAAGAAGUUGCAGGUCAACGUUAAAUGGGGUGGUGAAUUUACUCAUGCAGGUUUGCAUCAAUCCAGAGAUCUAGGUGAAAAUCUAAGAAAAGACAUGAAGAUUUUGAACAAACAUGUAACAGAUGACAUCAAAAUUUGGAGUAGUUCUGAACGUAGAGUUCGUGCCACAGCCGAUGUUUUCACACGUUAUCUUUUGGGAAGACCUGAAUCGAUUGAAGGUGUUAUUUCUGAGAGCAAGUAUUUACUCGACGAUAGUAAUGCUGCUAAAGAGCAGAUGGAUGCUGUCAAAAAGCAGCUUAAAGUCAUGCUUCGACCAGGCUACGACAUCCCAGCGGCUCUUUUAGCUCAAUGCGGCUGGCCCGCAGACCUACCUCAACCGCACGCUGUGUUGCAGAAAGUGUCGACUUUGAUGGCACGUCUUCGCACGAUCAUGCGUAUCAAUUGGUGCACGAAGGACGUAGAACAGCUUCAGCGCCGCUGGUGUUGCUUUGAAUCACCCACGCUCUUUAAAGAACGAUGGGAGAAGCUAUUUCAAACGUUCUGUUCCAGCGAUGACAUGGAUACGGGGAGUGAUUCUGAUGCCACGGCCAUGGUCAACGUUGCGAAAACAGAAGAAGAAGAAGAAGUACAAGUACAAGCAUCCGCGUUCUGUCCUGACCCGUCGGGCGUGCCGGAACUGUAUGACUCUUUAAAAUAUGAUGCUUUGCACAAUCGUCAGUUCUUAGAGGCUAUCUUUAGUGAGCCAGAGGGCGCUCUUACGUCGGACGCUUCAACACCCAUCGAAAUACGUAGCAAUACAAGCAGCAGCAUCAGCUCGGAUAUGUCCAAUCAUUAUCGAUCUGUAGAAAAAUGCGAAAAGGGCAAUCCUGAUCUGCGCAAUCUGUAUACUUAUGUGCGGGUCUUGUUCAACUUUAUUGCUCCUCAAGAAUAUGGUAUUAGUGAGAAGGAAAAGAAGUCCAUCGGUUUGCUGAUUUCGUUACCCUUGCUCAAGAGUAUUUUGCGUGAUUUGGAAGAUUUCAAGGCUUCUGAAAAGCCUAAAACGCGAUUGUAUUUCACGAAAGAAUCCCAUGUUCAUACCCUUUUGAAUCUGGUCUAUCUAUCGGGUUUACCUACCAAGUAUCCUAGACCCGUUUUGCCAGAACUAGACUUUUUGACACAGAUCACAUUUGAAUUGUAUGAAAGAAAUAGACAUAACGGUACGGAAAAGGAAUAUUCACUUCGCAUUGCCUUCAGCUCUGGUGCACAUUAUGAUUGUAUCUUGGAUUUACACAUGGAUGCUGAACAUUGCCUGAAAGUAGCACCACGAAGAAAUUUGAUUCCACAUUUAUCGCUAGACGAAGUACUUCAAUAUUACAAAACAGCCUACCUCAGAAUUCCCGAGUUAGCGAACAUUGAAAAGCAAAUUGAAGAACGAAAGUUGUACUAUGCCCAGGAAGAUAAUCAAUGACUCGAAUAAAAUUUAUUUCCUUUUAGAUUUUGAAUGGAAUAAUCCUACUUUAACAAAAGUU